ACGGUCGUUUCCUUUCAAGGCCUCACCCCAUUCGCUUCAAUCGCUACCUGCUCCCAGAGACAUUCGCUUGUGAUUCUUGAUCGAUCUUCAUACUCCGCCUCCACAAUCGCUCCACCCGAUCCAACCCACCUUCCACUAUCACAAUGCGUUACUCUAUCUUCCUGGUUGCUUUCGGCGCUCUCGCCGCUGCUCAGUCCUCUGCUGUCGUGGCUCCCUCUCAGCCCGCUGCUGUGACCUCCCAGCCUGUCAUCCCCACCCAAGGCUCCCUCCCCGCCGGUGCUUCUAGCGCUGUCAUUGGCUCCAGCGCUCCUGCGUCGUCCUUCUCGACGGUGAAGACCAAGACCACCACCGCUAAAACCGAGUCUUCCACCUCCACCAAGACCUCCUCCUCUUCCUCCCAGACCAGCGGCUCCAGCAGCACCAGCACCUCUGAGGGUGCCGGUGUACCUCUCGCCACCAUGGCUCCUAUGGGUCUGUCCGUGGUGGCCGGUGCCGCCAUUGCUGCCCUCUUGUAAAAGGGGCCGGCAAUACCCUCCCAUCGUCAAUGGCCUAAGGCAUCUUCCGCUUCGAUGAGUCGCACCAGGCAUCGACUUGUAUAUCGUGUUUACGGCUGUUAAGUCUGGCGAACCGAGGUCGAAAAUAACCUGAAUAUAUGACCGGUCCUUGGUCGGAGGA